AUGUUCUCCUCGGCGCUCAAGUCGAUUUCCUCGACGAACAUCACCGCCAAUUACUCCAUCUCCUCGACCCAGACCUCGUCUGCCGGUCCCUGGAAGAUUUACGACUGCAAGAAGAAGUCGACGGGGAAGCCUUACAGCGUCUUCGUCUUCGAUAAGAAGGCUCUCGACGGCCAUGGCAGCAGUCUCGGCCGGUCGAGCGCAUCCGCCUUCAAGCGUGCGACCGAGGAAGUCAUCGAGCGCCUGAAGAAGGAGGCUUCGAGCCUGGCGAAACUCAGACACCCGAGCGUCCUCGAGCUUGUCGAACCCGUGGAGGAGACAAGGGGCGGCGGGUUGCAGUUCGUCACCGAGGCCGUCACGGGCUCGCUGGCGGCCCUGCUGCAGGAGAAGGAUGACCAAGAACGAAGUGGUGGGGUCGGCGGGCGGUCGAGCCGCUAUGUCACCGAGGACUCGGACGGCGUGCGCCGCCGCCGCGAGUUGGAGAUUGACGAGCUCGAGAUCCAGAAGGGCCUGCUGCAGAUCAGCAAAGCGCUCGAGUUCCUGCAUGAGAAUGCCGGUCUGGUUCAUGGAAACCUCACGCCGGAUGCAAUCAUUGUGAAUGCCAAGUCGGACUGGAAAAUCAGCGGCCUGGCCUUUUGCGGUCCCUCAGAGGGUUCCAACAAGCCAACCUCAUUCCAACCCAUCAGCUUGUCAGAGGUACUCAACCCAGACCCACGGUUGCCUCGUUUUGUACAGCUGGACCUCGACUACACCUCGCCCGACUUUGUCAUUGACAACAACUUUACCAAUUUCGCCGAUAUGUUCUCGCUGGGUCUUUUGGCAGUUGCUCUCUACAACUCACCCCACCGCUCGCCCAUAGAGUCACAUGGUAGCUUGUCAACUUAUAAGCGGACGUUCUCUUCUUCAUCGACGGUUCCGUCGGCGUCGAACGGGUUCUUAUCAUCACGGCCUUUACCCAAGGAGCUGGUUCAACACGUCCUGCCGCGGCUUAUCACCCGCCGACCAGCGCAACGUCUAACGGCUAGAGAGUUCCAAGAGAGCGAAUAUUUCAACAACGUGCUUGUCUCGACCAUUCGCUUCCUCGAUUCUUUUCCGGCAAAAACACCAAACGAGAAAGCUCAGUUUAUGCGUGGCCUGGUCAAGGUUAUGCCUUCGUUUCCCAAGACAGUCAUGGAGAAGAAACUGUUGCCAGCAUUGCUUGAAGAAAUGAAAGACAAGGACCUCAUAGCACUGAUUCUUCAGAACGUUUUCACCAUCAUCGACUUGCUGCCGUCUGCGAGACGUGUUUUCGCUGACAAAGUAAGGCCGGCGUUAAAAGCAACCUUUGCUCCGCCCCCUAAGAAGGACCAGCCUCCAGAGAGGGACCCUACCAAAGACGCCGGUCUGAUGGUGGUGCUCGAACACAUGUCAACCAUUUGCAACAACUGCAACGGCAAGGAAUUUGCAGAUGACAUCUUGCCCGUUGUUUACGCGGCGAUCGAGGCGCCAACCCCAGCUGUGGUCGAUGCAGCUCUGAGGGGCCUGCCAUCCAUUUUACCAGUCCUCGACUUUAGCACUAUCAAGAACGAGCUCUUCCCCGUGAUUGCGGCUGUGUUCAGCAAAACCAGCAGUCUCGCCAUCAAAGUGCGAGGUUGCCAAGCCUUUGUCGUUCUAUGCGGCGGGACACCAGAUGGCCAAGACGAUGGGCUCGAUGCCUUCGGUGUCACAAAGAAGAAAUCUUCGUCAUCUUCGAGCAUGCUAGACAAGUACACAAUGCAGGAAAAGAUCAUCCCGCUGAUUAAGGCUAUCAAGACCAAAGAGCCUGCUGUCAUGAUGGCAGCUCAUGGUGUUCUGCGGGUAGUUGGCGAAGCCGCUGACGCCGAAUUUGUCGCGAUUGACAUACUCCCCAUCCUUUGGCAAAUGAGUCUUGGACCUUUGCUCAACCUGAAGCAGUUUCAGAACUUCAUGGACCUAAUCAAAAAGUUGUCCAAGAGAGUAGAAGACGAGCAGACCAGAAAGUUGCAAGAGCUUUCUGGUACCAACGGCGGUACAGCCGCGCACAACGAAGACUUCAUGGCUUUCGGUGGCGUCAGCGGAACCGCGUUUGAUACCAACGGAGGUGCCGAGGACGACUUCGAAAGUCUCGUCAAAGGCAAGACAACGCGGACGUCAACUUCAGACGCCUUCUCAAGCUGGGAAGAGGCACCCGCCGCAGCAAGGGUUGCCUCACCUGCGCCCGGAAGUAGGUCUGCAACUCCGGCCUUUGCGUGGUCAACUCCACCCCCGACACAGACCGCACCUCCAGCAUCCAAACCUCAGCCUAGUUUUCGUACAGUAACGCCCGAUCUGGCCUCAUUUCAAACAAUGAGUCCAACGUCGACUCAGUUCUCCAAGCCUUUGCAACCCACCACACAAGCCUGGAUUCAGCCAGCGCAGUCAAGUUCAACAGUCAACUGGUCCACGGCCCCGGCCCCGGCGGCUACUUCCAAUCCAUGGUCGUCAUCAUCGGCGUCGACGCCGGCCUUUUCGCCCGUUAAUUCCAUGUCGCCACCCCCGAGCUCCGCUUUUGGUGGCAUGAGUACGCCCAUGUCCAACGUGUCGCUUGGCGGGCAACGGCCAGGCAUGUCACAGUCAUCGUCGUUCUCGUUGCCACCACCGCCUUCCAACCGCUCAAUGGGCUUAGCCGGGUCAUCCGGGUUUAGCCUGCCGCCUCCGCCUAGUCACACACCGCCAGUGCAAUCAGGCAUGAGCGCGUUUAACAAGCCUGCAACCAACAGCGGCAUCGGGAUGAUGGGUCAACAAUCGAUGAGCAGUAUGAGCAGCAUGGGCUCACGGCCUGGAAUGAGUAUGGGCAACAUGGGGAUGGCGUCGGGUGGGAGCAUGAACAGCAUGAUGAACAGCAACUUAGGCUCGAUUAGCACGGCUGGGCCUCAGCAACAACAGCAGCAGAAGCCGCAGCAGAAGAGCGGGUUGGACAAAUACGAAAGUCUCAUUUAG